AUGAGCGCGUUCGUGGGAGCAACAAAAGCCGCCGCCGCUCAAGCGAGCCGCGUCGUGAUUGUGACCGGCUCCGCGCGGGGCAUCGGCCGCGCCGUCGCCCUCCGCCUCGCCCGCGACGGCUACGAUGUCUGCGUCAACGACAUCGCCGCCAACGAGGCCGGCAGCCACGGGGUCGCCGAUGAAAUCCGCCGCCUCGGCCGCCGCUCCGUCGUCGCCACGGCCGACGUACGGAGCCUCGGCGAGGUCCAGGGAAUGGUCCAGAAGGCUGUCGACGAGCUAGGGCCCCUAAACACCAUGAUCGCCAACGCCGGCAUCGCCCAGGUCAAGCCCCUUUUGGACAUCACCGAGGACGAGUUCGAAAACAUGUUCCGCGUCAACGUCUUUGGCGUGCAGCACUGCUACCAGGCCGCCGCGAAGCAGAUGAUCAAGCAGGGCAACUGCACGCCCGACCGCCCGGGCAAGAUUAUCGGCUGUUCCUCCAUUGUCGGCUUCAAGCCCUUCGCCCUCCUCUCGCACUACUCGGCCUCCAAGUGGGCCGUCCGCGGCCUGACGCAGGCUAGCGCCAUGGAGUACGCCGAGCACAACAUCACCGUCAACGCCUACGCGCCCGGCAUCGUCGGCACCGCCAUGUGGGACCUCAUCGACGAGAAGCUGGGCGAGAAGACGGGCGCCAAAAAAGGCGACACCAUCAAGAAGUACACGAGCGAGCUCAUCGCCCAGAAGCGCACCAGCGUGCCCGAGGACGUCGCCAAGCUCGUCAGCUUCCUCGCCAGCCCGGACAGCGACCACGUCACCGGCCAGACCCAGAUCGUGGACGGCGGCAUCAUUUACACGUAG